ACAAGUCAUUCUGAUGUGAAGUGUGAACCCAGCAUCUUUUGCUUGUUUUCUUUGAUUCUUUCUUAAAACCGCGUCAAAAGAAACCAUACCGCAUUUACACCACCACAUUCACUGGGAAAUAAAGUGAACCUGAACCACGUAUGAAACGCCAUUGAAGUUGCUGCAGCACAAGAGAGGAAAGUUUGAAGCAUGAUCAAUAUGUCUGCUGUGGGAGAGGCACUGGUGGCAGCUCAUUUUGAAGUGCUUUUAGGCAAGUUAGCCAGCCCAACUAUCAAAGAGUCUUCAUCCAAAUGGGACAAUGCUGAAAAAGAUCUCGCAGACCUAAGAACAGCACUGCGGAGGAUUAAAGGUGUGCUAACCGAUGCCGAACAACAGCAGACAAAGAACAAGGAAGUGAAGGAUUGGUUAGAUGAACUCAGUCAUCUGGCCUAUGAUGCUGAAGACAUCUUGGAUGAAUAUGCAACCUAUGGCGGACAAUUGAACGUGACAACCAAUAAGGUACGCUCUUCCAUCCCCAGCUCUGAGUUACGUUCAAUAAAAGCUAGGAUGGAAUAUAUCAACAAGAGAGUGAAGGAACUUGAAAAUGGAAUAAUUGAAUUUGAUUUAAAAAGGGUUGAUAUAGAAAGUAGAAAGAUAAUGGUCAAGCAAAUUACAGAGAGGCGGCAAACAAGUUCCCUUGUGGACAAAUCUAAUGUUUAUGGUCGGGAGACUGAUAAAAGCAACAAGAUAAUUGAACGGUUGAUGGUGACCAACAAAUCCAAUGAAAAAAAUUUUGAAGUAGCUUGUAUAGUUGGUAUAGGUGGAUUGGGCAAAACCACCCUUGCUCAACUUGUAUACAACGAUGAGGAGGUAGAGGGGCAUUUUGACCUAAAAGCGUGGUUUUGCGUGUCUGAAGAAUCUGAUGUUGCAAAGAUAACAAAAGGUAUUAUUGAGUCUGCCACAGGGGAACUGUGUGGUCUCACACACCUAGACACAUUUCAAGUAAAACUUAAGAAGACCUUGGAGGGGAAGAGAUUUUUAAUUGUUCUAGACGAUGUUUGGAGUGAUAAUUGCGGUGACUGGAAGGCCCUUCGCCUCCCUUUCAUGUAUGGAGAAAAUGGAAGUAAAAGUAUUGUGACAACAAGAAGCAAGAAAGUUUCAAACAUCAUGGGAACUAUUCCUACUUUCUUUCUUGGUAGUUUGCCAGACGAAGAUUGCUUGUCUUUAUUAUGGCAGUGUGCAUGUGUAGACAACAUCCAUUUGAAUGCACAUCCAGAGUUGAAAGCAAUUGCUAGGAAAAUUGUGGAAAGUGUAAAGGUGUGCCUCAGUAAAGUCACUUGGUGGCCUCUUACACUCUCAACAUGAAAUAGAAGAGUGGGAGAGAGUCUUGGCAAGUGAAAUGUGGGAAUUAGAAGAAGAUGAAAGUGGUAUAAUGCCAGCUUUGAGAUUAAGCUACCAACAUCUCCCAGCACAUCUGAAGUGGUGCUUUGCAUAUUGUUCCAUCUUCCCCAAAGAUUAUAAAAUCCAGAAGGAGGAGUUAGUUUUGUUAUGGAUGGGGGAAGGAUUUAUUGUACAUUCAAACAAAGGAAGGAAAGAAAUGGAAGGCAUGGGGAGACAAUAUUUUGAUGAGCUAUGUUUCGGGUCAUUUUUCAUGAGCUAUGUUUCAGGUCAUUUUUCAUGUGUUUGUGAUGCAUGACCUCAUUCAUGAUUUAGCACAAUCCAUUACAAAGGACAUAUAUUUUAGAAUAGAAACUGGUGAUCAUUUGGAGAAUAUUCCCAAUAAUGCUCAUCAUAUGGGCUUAUCUCUUCGGAUGGAAGAUGAUCAACUAGCUCACUGUUGCAAUGCCUUGUACAAAGGGAAGAGUUUACGCACAGUUGUAGAUUUGUACUUCUACAAACUCAGACUCACAUAUCCUCGGCCAUUCCUUGACAAUUUAUUCAAUGCAUGCACAUGUUUACGUGUUUUGUGCUUGCAUGGUAUUGUCCUUAGCAAAUCUGGUUUGCCAGAUUCCAUUGGGAACUUAAAACUUUUACAAUACCUAGACCUUUCCUUCACUGAAAUUCCAGCUCCACCCACAUCGAUUUGUAGCCUCUAUAAUUUACAAAUAUUGUUAUUUUUGGGAAAUUACGAAUUUGUAAAUGAUAUGGAGUUAGGUGAAGUUGUAGGAAGCCUUGUCAAUAUUCAACUUGUCAAGAUGAAGACCUAUGUAUAUAAUUCCAGAUUUCCACAGGGAUAUCUCAAAUUGUAUGGUAAGUGCAUCAAGUUAAAACAGGUUUUCCUAUUAGAGUUAGAGCUUUUGAACAUGGCAGAUAUCAAGGAAGUUAAUUUCAAGAAGAAUGAAGAUAUCGAGGAGUUAACAUUUGAAUGGAAUGGCAGGACAGAAAGAGCUAUGACGGAGGAAGUAAUAAAGUGUCUACAACCUCAUAGUAACCUAAGAACACUCAACAUCUAAAACUAUUCAGGUAUAAGAUAUCCUAAUUGGAUGCUAACUAUGUCCAAUCUGGUGCAAGUGCAUUUUAAAGGUUGUAAGGUCCUCCCUGCUUGUUUAGGACAGCAAUCUUUCCUCAAGAUUCUGAAAAUAGCAUACAGUGUGUGGGUCGUGAGUUGUUUGUGUCACGGGAUGGCAUUGUUGUGAAGCCAUUAUUUCAAUCACUCAAGUAUCUUGAGGUUUCGAGGAUGCCUAAUUGGGAAGACUGUGAUGUAGAGCAGGUGGAAGGUGACCAAGAAGAACCAUUAUUCCCUUACCUUCAUAUCCUUGUAAUUAAAAAAUGUCCCAAGCUUAGGGAGUUCCAAAUCCCAUCCCCUUGGUUCCCCAUGCUGAAAGCGUUUAAAUUAACACAUUGUGAGCAAUUUACAAGGCUGGGUAAUGAAGCAAUAAUAGAAUCAUCAUCCAUAAAACACAAACAAUUUCCUUCCCUUUGUUCACUUGUGAUAAAAUCCUGUCCCAAGUUGACAGCAUUGACAUUGUACCCACCUCCUUCAUUUGAAGAGUUGAACAUGUUGGGCAUACAUGAUUGUCAAGAAUUGGGUGAUAUCGAAGAAGGCAAAUGUCUUGGUGAGAAAAAUGAAGAAUGUUUUAUUCUUGUUAGGGGUUCUAUGAUACACGGAUGGAGAGUAUUAUGGCAAAUAUGUGGUAUACAAACAUUGCAACUUGAAAACCUCAGUGAUGAUGUUGAGGUCUUGCAUUUGUUGCAAAACUUCACCUUCUUACCUCUUUGUUGGUAAGGGAUUCUCCACAUUUGGCAUCAGCUUCAGAAUUGAAAUUGCCCACCAGCCUUCAAGAACUUCGGUUUGAGAAUUGUGAGCACCUUCAAUCCUUACCCAAAAAUUUGCAGAGCCUAACAUCUCUUGAACAGUUAUGCAUUUUGGAAUGUCCUUGCGUAAUGUUCUUUCCUGAGGGAGGUUUGCCCACCACUUUGAAGAGACUUAUGAUCUGCGGAGGCGGUGAGGAAGACAUGGAAGUCCCACCCAAAGGUGUUGGACUACACAAACUUACAUCUCUUCGAUCAUUGACUAUCCAGGAUUAUUGUGGUCUCUGGUCCUUUCCAGAUGAGGAGUGGCUUCUGCCUACCUCUCUUGAAUUACUAUAUAUCGGAAAUGCUCCUAUGCUCAUGUCCUUACCCAAAUAUUUGCAGAGUUUCACAUCUCUAUAAGAGUUAAUUAUUUCCAAAUGUCCUCGCUUAAUGGAUUUUCCCGAGGGGGGUUUGCCGACCACUUUAAAGAAACUUACGAUCUCUGGAUGCGGUGAGAAAGACAUGGAAGUCCUACCCAAAGGUGUUGGACUACACAAGCUUACAUCUCUUCAGUCAUUGACUAUCAAGGAUUGUGGGUGGUCUCAGGUCCUUUCCAGACGAGAAGGAGUGGAUGCUGUCUACCUCUCUUAAAAAACUAGAAUUCUUUAAUUUUCAGAGGCUCAGAUUCUUACCUGAAGAGAGACUGCUCGCACAGCUUCAAAGUUUGACAAUAUUUAAUUGUCCUCUUCUUAGAAAAUCAUGCAAGAGAGGAGGGAGAGAUUGGUCUAAGAUAGCUCACAUCCCAAUUAUAAUAGUUGAUUGGUCAAAGAUUUCUUGAGAUUGAGAAAAUGUUCAAUGGGUCUUUGAAACACUGGAAGAGAUUCUCUUUUUCUCUUUUACUAUAACGAGAAGAGAUCAGUCCAUUUGUUCUGUUUCUCCACUUUUUCAAUGAAAAUCUAUGAUCUGGGGUAUUGUGAGGCUUUCUCUAGUGAAUUUGGACAGAUUAUCACUUACUAGUUGGCUAAUUUAGCAGUUCCAGCACAAUAUGAAAAAAGAAUGAUUUAUAUCAUUUGGUUUAUACGAUCCUCCUCCUUUGCACAUCUAUGCAACCAUCCAACACCAUUGCUUAAGACUCCCCUUAACACAUGAUAACCUCCCAACUUCAACAAUGGCUACAAAGCAGGGGACUUUUCAAGGGCAAUGUCAAAGCAAUAAGGUACCUCAUUCUUUCUUUUUCUCUUUUUUUCAUUUAUCCUUCUAUGAGAAGAGAAUUUGAAAAGUAAAAUUGAUUGUUAGGUUUAUUAUAUAUUAUUUUGCUGAAACUGAAAGGAUAUAUUCCAAUUUUUCCCCUUUUCAGUUGAAGUGUCCCGUUUAUCUUCAUUUAAACUCAAGCCGUUUUAUUGAGUAUUUGUUAGCUACACUAUUUAUUAUGUGAGAAAUCUUAUUCACAUUGGUAAUUUUAUCACCUUGUGCAUUGCAUUAAUCCUAUCCUGUCCUAUUGUUGUAUAUGCAGCAGGUAAAAUAUCAAUGCUUAAUCAGAAUAAAUUUGUUUCAUUAAAAGACAAUGGGACCUUGUUAUGGUCCCGCGCGUAGGAUCCCGUCACGGGUCGGUCCACGGUGCGAAAGCCCUGCUUUCCCUUGCGCCUUC